AUGUUUUCCUGGCUGACUCUCAGUCACGACAACGGCCGCCGCCGCCACGAUGAAGAGCACCAGCCGCUGCUCCCGCAGUACAACGAGGCCACAGAGCGCCAAACCCGCCUCCACGAGAAGCUUCACACAUAUCAGAUGCUGCGCGCCCUCUCCAACGGCUACAUGCCCUCCAACGAACAGACCAUCACGCAUCUCCGCACGCUGCUCUCGGCAGACGUUCUCAAUCCGCAGGCGCCUGGCCUGAGUCCCUCGGGUAGAGCCCUGGUCCGAACCACGCGCAUGUGGAUUAGCGAGCUCAUCGACCUGCUCCAGGCCAAGAACUCCAACGAUCAGAUCCAGGACUUCCUGUGGUACCUGUCCAAGGCCCGCCUGCGCGUGGACGCCUCGGACAUCCAGGCCAGAGCCAGCAGCAACAAGAUGAAGGCAGACGUCAUGGCCGCCAUCGCCAGCGUCAAAACAGUGGGCUCGCUGCUUCUCACAAACUCCGACUUUCGCAUCUUCCUUACAGAUCUGUCUACCGUCUCCCGUGAAGUCUUUCGAGAUACGGCAUUCACGCUGAGUGACGUGGCCCAAGAGACAGCCAAGAGGAUCGAGCCGCCAAAGGAGAAGCAACAGGCUCUCAAACAUGCCAACGGAGAUGCCCAGCCUGCCCCCUCGACCGAAGAGCUGCAGGAAGAGGUGACUCAGGUGGCUGAAGUUGUGGCAGACGGUGCCACCGAUGUCCUUGGAGCUGCAGCUCGCAGCGCGCGGGAUCACAUCCAAGGCGAAGAGCAGGAGGCCCUGGCUUAUCGCCUCAAGCAGGCCGUGCUCAAGCUUCGUAAACGACCAAAUUACUCGGAUUCCGUGUCCACCUUGUCCCUUCUCCUGAGGCGCUAUCUCAAAGUCUACUCUCAGGCUGCUGCUCGUACGGCUGAGGUCGUGGAGGAAGACAUUGACAUCAACCCGGAAGCCGACGAAGCCCUCAGGAAUUUUUGGCAGCUUGUCACGUCGUUUGGUGACAAGGACGCCUGGGACCAAGUGGAAAAGUCGUUUCAAGAGGUUGUGGAGGUUGGCCAGUCCGAUCCUGCAUUUGAAGAGCUCGUCAACCAUGUCUCCAAGCUGGUGCAGGACAUUCUCAUGGAUCCCGAGUUCUUCAGCAACGCGGAGAAGCGCUUCAACGAGAUCCGCGCCAAGUCAAAAGAGCUCGCAACCGAGACGUCCAUCCGGGACAAGCUCGACGAGCUGCUCGGCAGCCUCAGCGCGGCCCUGCGCUCCGUGAGCCAGGAUACCGAAGUCAACCAACUCAUUGCUAGCUCAAGCCGCAUUGCACACCUGAUAUCGCCCAAGAAUCAGUACAUCAACCGGGAGAUGACGUCGGACCUUGUCAACGUGUUUGUCCCCAUGAUUAUCCAGGGCAUUCAAUAUUUGCCAAUUCCGCGCCUGGAAGUUUCGACCCCUGAUGUGGAUUUGCUGCUUGAGAAUCUGAUCCUGCAGCCUGGUCGAACAAUCAACAACACCUCGUUCCUCCCCUACAGGCUCCAGGUCUCGACCCGGAAUGACAUUGACAUUCGUAAGGCCCGCUUCCAAGUCUUGUCGACCGUAACAUCGCUGGCCACGAUCAAAAUAUCCGGGCUAUCGAUUGCGGCGGAAGAUCUGGGAUACUGGCUGCACCUGCACUCUGGCAUCUUUAGGUUCAUGGACGAGGGCCUAGCCAGCAUCCAUCUGGAUGAGCGCGGUAUUGACCUGAUCCUGGACAUUGAGAUUGGCCGGGACAGAUUGGAAAAGAUUGUGACGCUCCGCAAGGCCAGCGUCCGCAUCCACCACCUCAACUACACCCUCCGCCAGUCUAAGUUCUCCUUCUUUGCCUGGUUGUUCAAGCCCUUGGUCCGGCCCAUCAUCAAGAGGGCGCUGGAGAAGAGCAUCGCCUCGUCCAUCGAAGACGCACUCCACACCCUCAACCGCGAGCUGCUCUUUGCGCGCGAGAGGCUGCGCGCAACACGCAUCGCCAGCCCCGAAGACCUCUGGACCUUCAUCAAGGCCGUUGCCGCCCGGCUGGUGCCACGGCCGGACCCGGAGAUUGCAGCCAGGAUUGGCGUGCGGCCAGAAAUCUUCCGCGACCGCUAUACGCCGGGCAGCUUAGUCCAGCUGUGGGAGCGGGAGGCUCAAGAUGCCAGUCAGAAAAUCUACGAGUACGAGCGAGGAGGAUGGCGCAAUGACAUCUUUGGUGUGCGGACGCGCCCAGCUUAG